AUGAGUCAACAAGGACAAAACGGCACCUCCGAUAAUAAAGAUUUGGGCGUGGUCCCGGCCUUACCGCAACUAGUCGAACUUGGUGAAAAGUGCGCUACCAUCAAAAAGCUUUCAACUGAGGUUCUACAAAAAGCAGAGAAAGAAGCUGGCAAAAAGUCAGGGUCAACAAAUACAAAUGGAACGUCUGCGGAUGUCUCAAUUCAACCUAUAAAACAACAGCUCACUCGUUCUUUCGUCCAGCUUAGAUCAUUGAAUCGUAAAGCUAACUUGGAAAAGGCGGCUGAUAAAUUAUGCACGCAGGAAGCGAAAACUUCCAUGGAUCGGAUUCAUUUACAAUUGCAAGACCUAAACUAUAUGAAAUCUUUUCUUGAGAGAGAGAUUCGAAGAUGCAAAUCAUUCAGGUCAAAAUAUCAAAAGAUAACGUUGAUACCGGAGCAAGAGUUCUUUGCCAGAGCACCAGAAAGGCUGACUACAUCACUUCCCAAAGGCGAGGCCUCUGAUAAGCAACAGCUUCAUCAUCUUAUGCUUCAAAGGUUGAACUUUGAAAAAGAAGAACGAAUGAGAUUGAAGGAGGAGGUGCAAUGUAAAUUGAAACGAAAGAAAGAAAUCUCAGAACGAAUCGCUGUCAAGAAGUCUAAGAUUGACAAUUCGAAUCGGGAAAUUGAAAAGUUUAUAAAAGAAUCCAAGCCUUUGGAAGAACUAUUCACUAAAACCGAUGAACCUAUUCCGAUGGAAACCGAGUAG